CAAAAUUUGGUGGCACAUCUUUCGCAAGCGGCGAAUACUCUCUUGAACGAAUUCACCUGGAUAACUUUGUUGUUGUUCUCUCAUGUUAAUUUUUUGUCAAACGAGCAGGGGCCAAAGAUAGAGAGCAGAAAAAUGAACAAUCGAAUAAAAAUAAAAUAAUUCUGUUUUGAAGAAAAACACGAAAUUACCUUGUGAAGGCCCAAUGUUUUUCAAUUAAAGGGAAUGGCAACUCUAAAAUUAUCAUUUAUAUUUCCGAUAUAUUUACCUCAUCUCAAUUGUUUACAGUUAUGUGUUGUUUUCGGAUUUAAAAGUUUAUAUUGUGUGACCGGUUAAGUGAUUUAUAAUUGAAACUAAUAUAAUGGAGAUUGGAUAUUUGCAAGAAAUAAAAGCAGUUAUUAAAUCACUUGUGGUUUCGUGUCCUAAUGCAAUUACCAUUGAUGAACUUAAUCGGGAUUAUCGGAGUACUGAAGGGCAGCAAAUACCUUACCAAAAGCUUGGUUUUCAAACAUUGGAAUCAUUCCUGCGUUCUAUUCCUGAUACAGUUAAUGUUUAUGGAAGUGGACCUAUUGCCUCAGUUGGUAUUGUUCUUAAUCAAAAAUCUGCGCACAUACACCAUAUGGUAUGCGAGCAGAAAAAGACUAGAAAUAGGCCAAAGUCAGCAAAACAUAAAAUAAUACCUGUAAGAGCUUUUCAUAGUGAUAAAUCACAUUCUACAAGCCGGAAUGUACAAUUAGCGUAUCCAAAAGUUAGCAGUGACACUCUUCCUUCAAGCAAUAUUCGAUUUAGCCAUUUUGUGUCACGCUGUGGUCCCCGAAACACGGUAAUUAAAUGCCAAGCCAUUGAUGUACCUUCAAAGCUUGCGUUAAAAAAAUUUGAUAAGAAGCCAAUAGAACACAUCAAUAAAUUGCACAUAACCCCGCAACCUCUAAUAAAACCUGUAAAUAAAAUGCCUGAUCAAAAAGUUGCUGUUGAUGAAAAGGAAAACAACAAAGCCAUACAUAAAACGCAUGAAACUAUUCCGGUAUGUCAUGUAAAACAAACAAAUGCCGAAAGAACUCAGUCACCGCAAAUCAAGCAAGAUGAUGUUUUGAUGAAAAUCUUUGGUAUGUGUGAAGUAAGUGAGAAAGGUAAUCCAAAUAUUUCAAAAAAUAGAACAUUAGAAAAUGGAGAAACAAAAGAUACAGUUGAUAAUUCAACUAGUAAGAUCGAAGGUGAUGAACUAUCUAUUCACUGCGAUUUAAAAUCGUUGACAUUAAAUAAUUCACCGAAAAGAAAUCACAUCGAUGACAUUGAAGAAGCAGUCCCCGCCUACGCAGCUAACAACUUAGUUUUCCGAAUGGAUUUCCCGGAAAAUACUAUGACAUUCGGAAAGAAAAUCGCAUCUUAUAAAAUACCGGACAACAUAAGACAAGGCGCUAUUAUUGGUAUUUUUAUAUCAGAAAUCCACAGUCCCUAUAAAUUUUGGUUUCAUAUUUUCAAGAAACAUCAUGAAUUGGAUGAACUAAUGCUUCAAAUUGAACGGUUUUAUACAUCACUGGAAACCGAAACAUUCUGUAUACCAAGCGUCUGCAUAAAUCCUGGUCAAGUGUGUGCAGCGCGUUAUAAAGGUCUAUGGCAUCGUGCUGAAAUCUUAGCUCCAGUUAUUGAGGACAAAGCAAAGGUCUUCUUUGUAGAUUAUGGCACAGUUUCGAAUGUACCCAUAAGCAAAAUAAAAUUCCUUUUGAACUCUUUUGCGAGAUUACCAAUGCAAGCUAUACGUGGAUCAUUAUCGCAUAUUUGUCCUAAAAAUUACCACUGGAGCCCGGAAUCAAUUCAAUACUUUCUGUCCCUAUCUUCUGAAUUAAUGCUCUAUGGUCAAAUCUCGGAGAUUGAUGAAAAGAAACGUAUGCUGCACAUGGUGUUAUGUGACACGAACGGAACUGAAGUUUUACAAAUUAACAGAGAGCUGGUAGAAAAGGGCUAUGCGUUUUACGAUGAACAAUGGUUGAAAUCUGAUAAGCGAAUCUAUUUUCAGAACGAGCUGCGUACACCACAUCUUCGGGAAGAUUUCCCUACGUUCUCUAUGCUCGAAAUGGGCGAAUAUCCUUCGCUUGCUGAGCUAGUUGAUCUUCAGAAUAAAGGUAUUGACUAUGAAAGGAUCACAGAUCACCAUGUGUUUCAUCCGGGUAGAUUGGAUCUUCAAGAAAAUGUACCAGAUGUGAUUCGCGCACUUCCUUUUCAAUUGCUUACGACCAAUCCUUUCAGGCGUGAUAUUUAUUUACAACUGAAACAUUUGUUAUAAAGUCGUCUAAAACGAUGUAUUUACGUAUACAUUAUCUAAUCUGAAGUUAUUUGCUUUUUUUAUUUUUUAUAAGUUUACUGUUACAUAAUAUAAGACAUAAUAUAUGUAUAAUACUCCGUUAUUUUGACUUCUGUUCAACUAACAAGGAGUAGCAAUACAUACAAUCCUAUCUCUACAUACGUCUGUAAUUUCACAUUUUCGGUGAAUUAUUAAUGAAUUUUGUUUUGCUUUUAUAACUGAAAUGAGCUUUAUUGUACAAUUGUUUCAACUUGUAAUGCUUUGUAAGCAGACAUGUAUGGACGUUGUUAAUUCGUAUAAUUAUACAAUCGUUACACUUUCAAAACUGUAUUUAUAUUUUAUUUAUUUUAAUAAGUGUAGAGUGCGAGCCAGUGAGUUGAAAAAAAUUAAAAGUGUAAAAAUAAAUUAUAUUAAUUAAAUUAUAUAAAUACGAGCCUAUAUCAACCAAACUUUUCACACAAAAUUCUUUUACAGACUUGUCUCGAUCCGAUCGAAAGAUUUCAAAGCAAAUGGCCUAUGCCAAAAUGACUAAAAUUUUUGUAAAAUGUUCUUGGUGAGUGGCGAAAAAAAGUUAAUGUAAUAAUGAAAAUAUGAAUGAAAAAGGACAAGAUAGCAGAAUCUUUGAUUAUGUUGUUGUUGUAGUAGCGGCAUAAACAUUCCUCAAAUAAUUUUGAGGAAUGCAGCCGAUUUGACAGUCCUUGGCCGGAUAAAAUUCCGGGUCCGUUCCUGUUACGCAGAACCGACUGUCGUGAGAACGAAAUCUUUGAUUAUCGUCUUAAACGGCAAUAAUAUAAUCCAAGGUUCAACCAAAAGACGAGAAACACGGGAGCGAAAAUAUUAUGGUUUAUGGUAAACUUUCUUGUAAUGCAUUGGAUCGAUCGUUCGAACCAACGGCAAAGUAGAUUGGUUUCAGUAUCUGGAAAUUUUGAAAAUCAUAUUGAAUCAUAUGUUUACAUUAUAUGGAAAUUUAUGCUAGAUAUUGCUCGCUUCCAAACUAGUGAAAAUGGGUUUAGUGCACAAAAAGCUGAUAUUUUAGAUUUCUCAGCUUAAAGAAGUGACCUGAAAUCCAUCGAUAAUUUAUGAUAUGAAGUCUAGAUUGAUGUGGCAAUCGAAUUUUAUAAAAAAAAGUUUACCCAUUUUGGAUUGUUGUUCCGGAAGUUUGUUAUACCAUAUCUAAAGUCAAAAUCUCCCCGAUAAUAUGAGUCGAAUUUAUGAAGAAGACAUUAGCAAUAAAAGCUUUGGCACAAAAAAAUAACAAUACAAAAAGCGACUAGAUCAAAAGACAAUUUUAGCUAAAUUUUCUGUUUUUCCAGAUUGUGGCAUUUACGAGUUCAGCUUAUUUUACCACUUACUCACACUUUCAUCAUUUUUGUUAUAUUACACUAUACGACAAAAUCGAUUGAGACACUAUUUAAAAAAGGUAUUCUCAGCCAUUCAGUUUCCUCAAGCAUACUUCACAUUGAGAUAUUAGAAAUGAAAUCGUAAGAAGAUUUCCUUCAAUCUCGAAGUCGCUUCUUCGCUUGGAAAAAUUUAAUAUAUUUAAAUUUAAUUUUGUACAACCCGUACAGAGAUGACUAAUAACAGAACAAAAUAGAGCAAAUUGUUCGGUAAUAUGGAAAUGCGAGGGUAUCUAUAAACAAACCGUACUUUUAUACAAUUGUCCAUGAUUUAAGAAAAAAUAUAAAUUAUUUUGCUUAUUUUUUUCUUCUGAUCACCAACUUCAAAAAUUAUAUGUAUGUAGUUCCUGACGUCAUGUACGAAAGAUGCUACUAUGAAAGUGUGACAAAUCUUUCAUAGGCCUUCGCCUAUCUUCAAUAUACCCAAUAUAGUGAUGAAAUAUAUCUACCACCCCUUGAGCCUUGCAAAUUGCGAGAGAACAAAAUGCUCGGUAAGACCCGAACUUAACUCUCCCUUGUUUCAUAUUUUACAGUUUUACCAACAAUAGAAAAUAUUUAUUGCGAUUCUUCUAAACGUAGUUGACACCCACAUUACGAUAUAGUAUAGCGAUCCGCUGCGACCGAACUUACUCAUACCUAAUAGCAAACGGAUUGUUUUUGACCUUUCGUUCGUCAAAAUUUGGCGUUAUAAUAUAUUUAAAGUAAUUUAAAUGAAAGGAAAUGUCAAAUUUUACACUUCCCAUAU